AUGGUCAACUUCAGGCCCGUCUUCGAGCGCAUCAAGCGCCUCGAUGUCCAAUACAACAAACCAACCAAGGAGAUCCGUGGACGGGACACCAUCCUCCCCAUUACUCUCACCUCCAUCUUCAUCUUUUUCAUGUGGGGCCUCGCCUAUGGCCUGCUAGACAUCAUGAACUACCAUGUCAAGGUAGCCAUGGGGAUCGGCCGCCAGAAGGCCGCCAUUUUGGCCGCCGGGUACUAUGGUGCCUACAUCCCCGGCGCGCUCUUGAUCGGUGGGCCUCUAGUGAAGAAGUGCGGCUAUCGAAUCGCCAUGACGACGGGCCUGUUUGUUCUCGCCCUGGGCAACGAGUUCAUGUCCAUUGGGGCAAGUCGCUGCAGUCUUGCGGGCAUGGUGGCCGCGCAUUUCGUCAUCGGUUUGGGUGUUUCGACCUUGGAACGCUCAGCAAAUCCAUACGCUGUCAACUGUGGACCGCGGCGGCAAGCCGCUCUGCGAAUCUUGAUGGCGCAAGCUUGGGCUGGUAUCGGCACUGUCGUGGCCCCGUUCCUGGCCAACGCGUUCGUCUUCAAUCCCGACACCUCUACAGCACGCCCGGACCCCGACCCUCUUCGCCCCGGCAAAUGCCAGAUGCCGACGAUGAAGACCGCCUCGUGCGCCAACCUGGGCAGCGUCAUCACCUUCUACCGAGCCCUGGGCGCCUGCGUCUUCGCGCUCACCGUCUUCGUGGCAGUCCUCUUCUUCCGCACCAACUGGUUCCCGGAGGUCGAAGUCCCCGUCUCCGCGCCGGUCGACUGUGGCUGGAAGAAGUGGAAGCACCCACUGGUGUCGCGGCGCUUUGCUCGCAUCUGGUGGGGCGUGGCAGCCAACUUUGUCAACCUCGGCUGCCAGGUGACUUUUGCACAGUUCUUCAUCGAGCACAUGAAGGUCAACGCCUGUGCCAGCGACCGAUGGGCCGCGUACUACAUGUCGCUCGCGCAGACGGCGUUUGUCAUCGGCCGCUUCGCCGCUGCGGGCCUCGUCACCAUGCCGCGGGUCUUCAAGCCCCGCUACGUGCUGAUGUGCUUCAUGGCCGGCGCCGUCGCGACGACCGCGGCCGGGACGGGCAUCACCGCGACCGCCGCCAUUGCCGUCGCCAUCAUGGUCAUGUUCUUCGAGGCGCCGUCGUUCCCCAUGAUCUUCGAGAGCGCCACAGCCAGCUUCGAGGAGUGGACGCCCACCUGCGAGACGCUGAUGAUUGUCAGCAUCUCCGGCGGUGCGCUGCAGCCCGCCCUGAUGGGCCAGCUCGUCGAGUCCGUCCACAUCUCCGCCGCCUGGUGGCUGACGGCCUCGUGCUUCCUGCUCGUCUUCACGUACCCGGUCGCGACGAACGUGAUUCCCUCGUUCAAGAUUGCCCUGGACAAGGCCGAGAUCGGUCCCGACGCGGUCGACCAAGUUGCCGACGAGGAGCAUGGGCUCCAGCGAGCCUCGACCUCCAAGGAAAGCUUCGCCGUCAGGAUCGUCGAAAAGGUCACUUUCAGGAGGAAGAAGUCUUCAGAGACUGGAUCUGCUACUCCCCAGUCUAGUGAGGGGCCGGCUCAAGGCUCAUAGAAUGCUGUGUGGUAGUCUUUGUCGGCGAUUUGGUUGGGAUUCUCUAUUGGGCUUUGCGACAUCGCAGAACGAACAAAGGACUGUGGAUGAGCAUGGUGAGGGCGUUGGCUACUUAGAAGGGCAGGAAGGAAUAGGUUGUUUACUUUGGAAUGGGUUUUCUU